AUGUCAGGCGAGAACGAAAGCGGCAGUCCUGCUGGUGAGCGUAGCGAAGCUCCCGCUGGCGCCGAGCACCUCAACAUCAAAGUUACGGAUAACAAUAACGAGGUCUUCUUCAAGAUCAAGAGAUCUACCAAGCUCGAGAAGCUCAUGAACGCUUUCUGCGAGCGCCAGGGCAAGAGCAUGACCUCGGUCCGAUUCUUGUUCGAGGGCCAGCGUGUUCAGCCUACCGACACUCCCGACAGUCUCGAGAUGGCGGAUGGCGAUUCCCUCGAGGUUCAUCAGGAGCAGGUCGGUGGCUUCUGCCAUAUCUAA